UAAAAUUGUAUCUUUAUACAACUACUGUUGGAGUUGAACUUCCAGUAGCAAAGCUUACAAGGUUUCAGAAAUUCGAUCUAAUGGAGAACUGCAAUUUACCAAACGAGCUGCUGGUUGAUAUCCUGACGAGGCUGCCGGUAAAAUCUCUAAUGCGAUUUAAAUGCGUGUGCAAAUUGUUUUACGAUUUGAUAAAGAACGACCAUCAAUUUAUGCAUAAAUUCUAUGUAUUAAAUAAAGCUGCAAACGAGUAUGCCGUUAUAGGGUUUGAAGGUGGGCGUUGCCUCCCCUCUCAUUACAUCUUUGGUUUAAUUCCCAAAGAGAUGGAUUCUGAUGAGAUUGGGUGCACGUACAUAGACAUUCCAGAUUUAGAAAUAAUAUUUGUAGGUUGUUGUGAAGGGAUGUUCUGUUUGAUUUUGAAUGACGGUAGGGGUUGGCCUGGGGUCGAUAUGGGUUUUGAUUUUUUGAUAUGGAAUCCAUACACAAGAGAGAUCAAGCAAUUACCUUCUACUGUGGGGCCCUCCGAACAUUCCUUACUCUCUGAUAUCUUCGAUUACGAGCUGGAUCAAAAGAAUGGAUUCGGGAUUUCUAACAACAUGACUUGGAAAGUUGUCAUGCUAUGGAGUUUUGAACCUGGUAUUGAUAUAUCUCAUAAUCGAUUAGCAAUGGUUUGCAGCCAAAUUGGGGAUGGUUCGUGGAUUUGGAGACAAAUUUAUGGGACUCCAAAUUUUCUACACUGCUUUGACGAGGAUUUUUAUUUGAAAGGGAAGUACUAUUGGCGGGUUCUUACUAUGGAUACGAAAGAUUGUUUGCUUUGGUUCGACUUCGACAACGAGGUUUUUGGGACUAUUGAGUUUCCCCUUGGUAGCUUCAAAGCUCAUGGAACUACUGUGACCAUUAUGAAUGACACUGUCGCUUUGUUGAUUGAUUAUUCUGAUGGGAAUAAGAAGAUCUUGGAGGUAUGGUUAAUGAGUGAAAGUGGUGAUAUCAUUGAUUGGAAUAAACAUGUAAGCAUGGAAUUUGGUGGAAGAAUGUCCAGAGAUGAACGUUGGAUGCCAAUUGGAGUUUGGAAUCAGGGUGGUCAUUAUCAUUUGCUCGUCCAUCCAUACAUGUUUGGGGAAUUAAACCUCAGGCAGGCGGAGAAUUCUUCCCAUCCACUUCCUUGUCAAAGUAAAAAUGGCUUCACUCCAUAUCUAAUUUCUCUUGAUAUGGAAACUCAAGAGAUGAAGCCUAUCUAUUUUACUCAAGGAAAGAAGAGUGUCCAAAUUGAUUCAACACCUCGAGGAUAUGUCCAAGUUUAUAAGGACUUUGAUGGUAACACAAAAUUGGAAUGGAAUGAUUUCAACUUCAGUUCAAGCUAUUGGAGCUAUGCUAGGAUUCACCAUACAAGUUUAAAGAUGGUUUAAUAUGAGCAAAAAAGCUUAUUUACUUAGUUUAUCUUCUUUGUUUGCAUCUAUGCUUCUGCUUUUGUCAUAGCUCUAACUUGUAGUUGUAAUCAAAGGAUUGGAAGCCAUUGAUUCUGCUUUUGCCCAAACUUGAAAUCUACACACAAAUCUACUACAUUUCAUUACAUAUUCUCAAUUUUUUUAUUAGAUUGUGCUUUCUAUUCUAUGAUA